CGCACACAGGAAGUUAUGCUCGGGUCUCUACAGUCUCCUUUUGUGCACAGUUAAAAGAAAGAGGAAGUUUUGUGUCACCAGCUGAGUGCGUUUACAUGCUGCACACCGCGACACUCAGCCGGCGCGCAGAGAGGACUUGUUUUUUGGCUAUGGAUGUCUACCAGGAGGCUGUGCAAUAUCUGGAGUCACAGAACAUACCAGUGUCUGCUGCAGUGGCAGAAGAAGCUGAUGUCUUGGAAGAGGACGUUUUCCCAGAGGAGGCAGUGUCCUGUUUUCUCUCCCCGCUGAACACUGAGAGCGUGGACUUCCCUGACACCCCUACAACAUGCAGCAAGGAGGAAAUGCUGGAGAGGAGGCUCACGGUGCUGAAAGGCAUCCUGGAGAGCGAGGAGGUUUACCUCAGAGAGCUGGACACCCUGUUAAUGCCCAUGAAGGCUCUGCGGGCUUCAGCUGGGACCUCUCAACCAGUUCUGUCCAGCCAGCAGGUCCAGACCGUUUUCUACCAGGUGCCUGAGCUCAGAGACGUGCACCAAACUUUUUACUCAGGUCUGAAGGCCCGUUUGAGUGCUUAUGACCAGACUGAGAUCAGCCCUGGUAAUGAGACAGAAAUGAGAUGCAGAGGCUUUGAGCUGGUGGUCGGGGACCUGUUCCAGAAAAUGGUGAGCCAGAUUGGUCUGUACGGUGGCUUCAUUGAAAACUACGUGAAAGCUGUUGAAGUGGUUAGGAAGUGCACCCACUCAGACCCUCGCUUCCGAACUCUAGCAGAGAGCAUGAUGUCUAACAACGGCACAGACAAAGCUCGGACUACGUACACAUUUGAAGCUCUUCUUUACAAGCCCUUGGACAGAGUUACAAAGACCACAUUAGUGCUGCAGGAUCUCCUGAAGACGACGCCAACAGAGCAUAGAGAUUACACAGCCUUACAGGAAGCUCUGAGAUUGUCUCGCAGCUUCCUGUCUGGUGUCAACGAGAGUUCACAAAGUAAACGGGAGGUCACGUUAAGUCGUGGGAUGAGACGCCAGCUAAUGCGUGAUGGCUUUGUGGUGGAUGUGAGUGAGAGUGAACGCAGCCUGCGUCACCUCUUCCUUUACACCGACCUCCUGCUGUGCACAAGAUUUAAACAUGCAAAUAGAGGGAAGCAGGACCAGUACAGAUUCUGCUGGUAUCUGCCUCUCGCCGGUCUAAGACUUCGUUGGGUUGCAGACAAGGAACGGCCGCCAGAGACCAACGUGCGCUUACACAACAUACGAACAAAGAUGUACGUCCUGCGUCAGCAGCUACUACAGCAGCUCCGGCAAAAUCCGAAAACAUCCAGGAGCCUGGCAGCUCGUAGCCAGAAGAAACUGGAACAAAUGGAGCUGAUGUUGCUCACACACUUGAUUGCUUACAGACUGGAGCUGCACAGCCCCAGUGGCAAGAGUCACGCUCUCCUCUUCUCCUCUCUCUAUGAACUAGAAGAAUGGAGGCAGGCCAUACUCAAACUCACCACAGCUAACAUAGAAACUGUCCCUCCAGACUUGCUCACGUUGACCAGUUCGUGUGUGAAAUUGAGAAUGACCCAGCAGCCACCUCUACAUAGCACUGACGCCGGACUGAACGAGGAGGCGCUAUGUGGGACUUUGAGUGUGGCCAUUGAUUCUGCCGCUGGCCUACAGCAGCCAGCUUGUGUGUAUGUGUGUGUGGAAGUGGAUGGCUUCAAGUUUUACGAUCAGCAGACCCAGACACACUCUUCAGUCCUCAGCCUAAACCCUCACUGGGACCAGGAGCUGUCUUUCCAGGUGGACGGUGCACAGAACUUGAGGGUGUUAUGUGUGAGUCAGUCAAAUGGACAGGAUGAUACUGUUCUGGGAAAAAAUACAGUAAAGUUGGACUCUAAAACUCUGAAUAAGCGAUGGAAAAAACAGACCCUACAGCUGGGCCAGGUGGAGCUCACCCUCUCUCUCAAGUACUGUCCCCACCCACUGGGACCACCCAGCUCCACGGUUCAACAGCCGCCAAUCUUUGGCGUCCCCAUUGAAACCGUGGCAAAACAGGAGGGAGUGCUGGUUCCUCAUGUGGUGCGAUGCUGCGUGGAGGAAGUGGAGAGGAGAGGCAUGGACGAGGUGGGAAUCUACAGGAUUUCAGGAACAACCAGUGAAAUCAGCACGCUCAAGGCUGCGUUCAACAACAAUCUCCGUGAAGCGGUGACGAAGCUGAGAAGCGCAGAAGUGAACGCUGUGUCUGGUGUUCUCAAACUUUACUUCAGAGAGCUGCCUGAACCCCUGAUACCCACUGAGCUUUUUCAGAGUCUGACAAGAAGUCUAGACAUCCAAGAACAAAACCCACGGCUGGUCUCCAUGUUGUCCCUGCUGCAGUCUUGUCCUGAUGCCAACCGCCACACCUUCCUCUACCUGCUGCAUCACCUCCAACGAAUCUCAGAGAGGCAACACAUUAACAAGAUGUCUCUACUAAACCUUGCCACUGUGUUUGGGCCGAGUCUCCUACGCCCCCCAGUGGCUGGGCAGGGACACCAUGGGCCCACUGUGGAUAUCUCUCAGGAGGUGGUGGUACAGGUCCAAGUCGUUUUCAGCUACCUGCAGUGCAACAACCUCCCUGAAGCCCAGCUCUCUCUGCCACAUGACUCAGACACUGAGGAUGAGGCCACCCACAUAUGAGACCACCAGCUGUGUCAUGGCCAGCAAGACAUAUAAAUGGUUAGAAACCACACUGUGAGAGACUGCUGUAAGAUUACCAAUAAGAAUAAACCUAUUUAUUGAAUUUUAAAAAAUGAACUCUUGUGUGUUUUUUGCUACAUUUAAAAUUUGCAAAAUUUGUUGUUAGAUAUGUCCCGAACAGCAGGUCGUAAAAGACACGUCAAGCAUUUAAACUGGCCAAAGCUAAAAUAGUUCUAUACCUACAUCACACAUUAUAUUAAACUUACAUAAUAUAAAGUAGGAAGCAAAGCAAACCAGUAUUUUCAACAGUAGAUUCAGACAAUGAUGACUUUUCGUGCCAGUUCAGUGCAUUCAUGACCUGUUAGGUAUACAGCAUACCAACAAAGUCUAUUUAGUUUUCAGUAAAAAGUCAUCUUAAGGAAUCAAAACUGAAAUCUAUUCAAUGUUAUUUAAUUCCCUUAUUUUUUUAAUUCUAAGAAUGACUGCCCAGGCAAAAUUAAAACCCAAUUUUUAAAUUUCUGUCUUUUUCCUCAUUUUUACUCAAAGCUGCUCACAGGAACUUUAGCAAAAAGGGUGAUUUUAAGUAGGUUUUUUCAGAGUAAGUGAAGUAGAUUGCAGUGGCACACCAAGUGCUGUGAAGGUGAGAUGUGGCUGCAGAAAAAUCAACCACAUUUCAUUUGUAAGAAGGUCAGCGGUCACCACUCUGAGCCUGAAAUCUAAUCGGUUAUGGUUCAGAUCCAACUAGACGGAGUUCAGUAUGCUCCAUAAAAGUCAUGCACACACAGGCUCCACAUACAGCAUGCUGGAAGCCUCCACCCACACACACAGCCCACGUUUGACCCAUCUACACCACAUAUGGGAGUCUCUUUCCAGCCACGCCACCUGGGCAGGCCGGGCUAAUGUUACCUCCAACCUUUUACCCCAGUGCCCCCGCCAUCAGUCUUUUGAUCGCUAAUCCUGGACUCCGAGUCCUGCGCACAGGGUACUAAUAGACUGUAGAGUGUGUUUAGACGCCAUAAAAACAUCCAGAAUGAGCCCCCAUCCCUCCCAAAAAAGAAACGAAUGGCAGGGAUCACCCUGUUGCUCCCUCUGCUAUAAAUCACCUGUCCCCUCUAACACGGUGGCUGCCAAAAUAAGGUUCUGCUUAAUGACUACAAAGACAAAACGAGCCUCCCAUUGCAGACUACAAAGGGAGCAGAGCUGAGGAAGGCCUGACACAUCCCAGACAUUUGUGGCCAAAUAGGGACCAGACGACCGGUCAACACCUGCGACUGGUGGGAAAACUUUAAUGGGAAAAGUCAAGCUGUAGCCACGUGACGGCAGGUCCUCACGGUCUCAUGCAAAAA